CAUUCCAUUGAUUUAUAUUAAUGCAAUUAUUUGGUUUAAUGAUAUUGUGUCUAAUUAAAUUUUAAAUCAACAGUUUUUCUUUUUAAACUAUUGAUUAAUUGAUUAUAUACUAUACUUGGAACGGGACUCUGGCCUUUGAACCUUUGCUCUUUCAUGUGUUAUCCUCUGUUUCCUCUCUCUCUUUCUCUCUCUCCCUCUCUUUCUUUUCUCUCUCUCUCUCUCUCUCUCUCUCUCUGUCAGACCAGACAGUGUUUACUUUGUGCAGGCCUUCUCUAGGUGUUUUGGAGCAUGUGUAUACAUGUGCCCCAGCAUUGCCGUCUAUGUCCGGGCAUGCCGUAAUUAGAAUGUCGUACCAUUUUUUGGGUUCCCAUCCCUCUCUCUCUCUCUCUCUCUCUCUCUCUUUCUCUCCUCUUGUCUUAGUCUAUCGUUUCUCCAACUCCACAACAGUCCUCACCUUUUCCCUGUCCUGGCUGUACAUGUGUCUGUGUGAGUGUGUGAGUGAGUGUGAGGUUUGUCCACUGAAACACACUUUUGAACUCUCAGUGUGGACCUGCAGUGUCUUUGCCUUAGUGUGUCUGGAGGUUUUUGACUGAAAGGUUGACAAAUGAGACCAAAGCACUAAAGGAUGUACUACGUGAAAAAGAAGUCCCAGUACAACUUGCUGAGCAGCAGCAUGGAGAGCCUGGGGAGCCGCGCAACGUCCGCCAGCCCCUAUAGCUCCGAAAACGCCUCCUCAUCGGCCGUGCCCACCCCCUCACCCUACUCACAGCCCAACUCCACCUUUGAGGGCCUGUCACCUGCUCCUGCCAUCCCCUCCAACACCGACUACCCCGGUCCGCACACCUUCCAGGUGUCCUUCCAACAGUCCAGCACUGCCAAGUCUGCCACAUGGACCUACUCCCCACUGUUGAAGAAACUCUACUGUCAGAUUGCCAAGACCUGUCCGAUCCAGAUCAAACUCUCCUCCCCGCCUCCACAUGGCAGCAUCAUCAGAGCCAUGCCAGUCUACAAGAAGGCGGAGCAUGUCACAGAAGUGGUCAAACGCUGUCCUAACCAUGAGCUGGGACGUGACUUUAAUGAUGGUCAGGCAGCACCAGCCAGUCACCUCAUCAGGGUGGAGGGAAAUAACCUCUCUCAGUACGUGGACGAUCCUGUCACAGGCCGACAGAGUGUUUUUGUGCCAUAUGAGGCUCCACAGGUGGGCACCGAGUUUACCACCAUCCUGUACAACUUCAUGUGCAACAGCAGCUGCGUGGGGGGCAUGAACAGAAGACCCAUCCUCAUCAUCAUCACUUUGGAAACAAGAGAUGGUCAAGUCCUGGGCCGAAGGUCAUUCGAAGGACGAAUAUGCGCCUGUCCUGGCAGAGAUCGUAAAGCUGAUGAAGACCACUUCAGAGAACAGCAAGCCCUGAAUGAGAGCGUGUCCAAAAAUGGCAACGUCAACAAGCGCAACUUUAAACAGAGUCCGACAAAUAUUCCUAGUCCAAACAUCAACAUGAGGAAGAGACGACAUGGAGAGGAAGAGAUUUAUUAUAUUCCUGUUCGUGGCAGAGAGAACUUUGAGCUGCUGAUGAAGAUUAAGGACAGUUUAGAGCUGGUGGAGUUGGUGCCACAGCAGUUGGUGGAGUCCUACAGACAACAGGCACAGCAGCAACUGCUGCAGAGGCCGUCUUACUCUCCACUGUCCAACAUGAACAAACUUCACACACACGGCGGACUGGGCAAAGCUCCCUCAGCUAACCAGCUGGUGGGGCAGCAGCUCCAGCAACACCACACUGCCCCCACCUCUGUGGGUCAUAUGGGAUCCAACAUGCUCAACAGCCACCACAUGCAGGCCAACGGUGACAUGAACGGUGGCCACAGCAGUCAGACCAUAGUGUCUGCCUCCCACUGCAGCCCACCGCCUCCAUAUAACCCUGACCCCAGCCUCGUCAGUUUUCUUACCAGUCUGGGCUGUCAGAACUUCAUUGAGUACUUCACCUCACAGGGCCUUCAGUCUAUCUACCACCUUCAGACUCUCUCCAUGGAGGAUUUAGGCGCUCUGAAGAUUCCAGAGCAGUCCCGUCUUGUCAUCUGGCGAGGUCUGCAGGACAUGAAACAAGGUGUUCCAAUUCAACUCCCAACUUCAACUCAUCACCAUGACUACAACAGCCAACCACUGCUUCGCUCCAGCAGCAACAUGGCUGCCUCAGCCAUGGCAGCUAUUGGAGCUGCGGGUGGGGAACUGCAGCGUCAACGUGUAAUGGAGGCGGUGCACUUUCGUGUCCGCCACACCAUCACCAUUCCCAACAGAGCAGGUGUGGUGGGAGCAUCAGGGAUGGCCUCGGCUGCAGAUGAGUGGGCCGACUUUGGUUUUGACAUGCCCGAUUGCAAAAUGUCACGUAACAAGCACUCGAUCAAGGAGGAGUUCAUGGAAAGUGAGGUUCACUGAGCCUGAGGACAACUGCUCUGGUACCAUUUUGUUUUAUAAUCAGCCAAUUAUUGGAGUAAAAAAAGUGGAAAGAAACUUUUUAUAUCCAGUCGUAUGUUGCUGCUGUAUUUCAUUUGGUGUUUAUGCAGAUAAUCCAUUUUUUUUGUAUGUGGUCUGUAUGUUUAGUGUAUUCUAACACUUCCUUGUGCUGGUACUUUGUGCUUAAGCAAAUGCUCCAUCCAGAAGACCAAACAAAUGAUAGAAGCAAGGACAUGUUAUGUCUACACAUCAAACACCACUGUGACAAUGCAGUUGUUAAGGAGAUAUCGAUGAACAGAAAACACUGUUGGACUGUAUUUUAAAACACAAAAAUGUGUUGUACAAAAAAAGAAAGAUUAACGUAUCUGGGUAUCCAGAUGUUUUCUGGUCCUACCUGUGCAAUAGCAGACUGUACUUUUUUGUCAUCCACAUACAUUUAAGGUCAAGUGUAGCAACAUGACAACCGCAAAAAUGUAUAUAUCAAGUUCUCAGCUGACCUAUUUAUUGUUUUUAUUAUCAUAAAGUUCUUGUGCAAAUGUAUAUACUGUACUGCAACAUGUAAAUGUUCCAAUCUACAUUUGGUGAAAAAUAUAUGUUAACAUUAAUACAAAUGUAUCAACUCUUUCAAACAGGUUAAUGUUGAAACUGUUAUAAAAAACAUAUCGGUGAAUGGAACUCUUGCAAAUGUAUGUUUCAUGAAAACCAAUGCAAAUUGCCAGACGUAGGUAAUUCCCCCAUGUACACAGAAGCCCAAUAUUUACGCUUGAACAUUCACAUGCUUAUGAUUACACUUACUGGUCAAGAUACUGUUAUGUAAACUAUCGUUUGGCGUAUGCCAAAUGCCGUUCAACAUGUUGCCUGUUUAAAAAUGAAACAACAUGUAAUGUCAUUAUAUCCAUUAUUUUACGUAUAUGCCACGUAUAUAAACAGUAUUAUGUCUUAAUUACAGGGAUUUAAUCUGAUUUGUGAAUAAUGAAUCAAAAAAAGAGAAACCUGCAAAACAAGACACUAGAAAAGUAGCAUCUCUGUGUAUUUCAAAAACCUUGCAAGACAGGAUUUUUUAUUGAUGAUAAAUAGUGUCGUACCACGUGUGCUUCAUGACAGGUCAUUGUGGACAUUUAAUUGCGACAUUCCAAUUUUAUUCUUAGAUUGCCAGUGAAUAUAUUUAAACAUGUUGCAAACCGAGGAUGGUUUUAAAUUUGUGUGUAGUAUGUACCUGACUUUGUAGCAGUGACCUUCUAUAGUUGACAGACCCACUUACCAACAACUGGUCAGAAAUAGAGCACUUUAAUGUUUUAAAAUUAUUUAGGAUCAUUUUGUGCUUAUGAUCAGUAUUAUACAUUAUCCUUAUGUAAAUAUUGCUUGUACUUUGUUUUGAUAUUCCAGGUGAUCUUUUAUAUAAAUAAGUGUGUAACUAUUGUUCUUCAAUGUCAAAAUGUACCUUUCUUUAAUGUCUCUUAAUUAAAGUAAAGAAAAAAGUUCAAGACAAUGUGAGUUUUAUACGAUUCCUCAAACAAGUCUUCUUGGCACUGUCAUACAAAGAGAAAGAGAGGCAUGCUUACUGUUACCAUUUCAAGGCCUAAAGUCAAAUUAGAUGAUAACU